UGUUUUACAUUUUUGUUUUGAUUGUAAACAUUUAUGUGCAUUUGUGAAUAAAGAUAUACAUAAUAUUGUUAAGAAAAUUUUAUAUAGUUGCGGAAUUUUAUUUGAGUUAUUUAGUUAGUUAGUUAUUCAAAGUAUAUGAGUAACUUCAAUUUAUAAUAAAUAAUAAUGGCAAAAAUGAAUAAUAUUUUUACAAAUAUUGAAAGGUUAACUCACGAAGAUGGUCAAAGGGAGUUGGUUUCAGUCUUCUGGAAUUCAGAGAACCCAGAGGAGACAAAAGACGAUAACGGUUACACAUUGUUAAAUACAUUCCUUCAGAAAAUCUUUGAUGCAAUUGAUGAUCUUAUUAGUGAACUCCAUAAUGAUGAUACUAUACUCAUAAGUAUUAAGAAUCAGAAACUGUUGAGAACUUGUUAUCAACUAAUAACUUCUCUUGGUAUGUCUCCAUGCCUCAUACCAGGCUUAGGAGUUUCCUUGUCGAAGCGGUGUUCAUCUUCAACAAUACUACCAACCAUCCCAUUAACAGAUGAGCAAAAGUAUGAAAUACUUGUGUCCUGCACAGACUUCCUGAUUAGGAGUUAUGAAGUUCCAAUAUUAAGAAAUAUAAUCAUUACUCUACAUCUGUCUGACUACUUAGCUGCCCUGAUACAGUUAUCAUUUGCACCACUAAAGAAGCCUGGCACAUACAAAAAUUUUACAAUGACCCAAUUUAUGUAUGAUAAGCUGUGUGAUGACAGAAAGAAAUAUAUGUCCAUUUAUGAACAACUUGUAACUAACUGCUUCCAACCAACACUUAUGAAAGAACUACUAGUUAUCCAAAGUGUUAUGGAACCUUCUCCUCCAGGUUUUGUAAAGAGACUUAUUGCUAAAGAAAUGAGUAGAAGACUUGUUUGUUCUGGAGGGCUGCUAAGUCUCAUCAGGUGUUUCAUUGAAAGUUACAACAUUGAUGCAGGAUAUGAAUGGAAGAAAAUUGAUAUGAUCAGUAGAAUAGUGUCAACUAAACAUGGAGACUGCUCUGAGGUUGAUUAUCUUAACAAUAUUUGUUCACAGUUAACUCAAAUUUUGUGUUUAAAUAACACACAUUAUUUAGUAACAGCUGUGGCAUGCUCACUGGCAUUGUAUGAGAAAUAUCCCCAGGUUGACUCGGUAAAGGCUUUAGUAGACAAUAUAUUUAGAAGUUUUAAUUAUGACCAUUUAGUUUCAAAUUCAAAUCUGCCAAACACCAUGUUAUUAUCCCCAAAGGAAGUAGCAAAAGUGAAUACACUCCAUGCUAGCAUGUGUGUCAAGUUGGAUUGGCCUAUUGAAUUAUUGAAAUCAAAUCUCUUUGUAUUGUUCCUAAUUGGGAGUGGAUGCACUAAAAAUGAAGAAAUGAAGACAAAAGUAAAAGAUAUAAUACUUAAAUGCUUGGAACACUUAAAUAAAGCUGAUGUAUACUCCAUGUUAACUCUAUUUUUGUUUGGCAAAGAAAUUAGCUCUCAUGGCAUUAUUAUUGAAGAGUAUGAUGCUGGUAUUGGUAUAAAAUGUGCCUCAGAUCAAGACCACAAAUAUGAAGAUUGUUUAUUAUAUUUCAUUCAAUUAUUUAUGGCCUCAUCUGACGGAAAACUUGUUCAAAAUAUAUUUGAGGCUUCAUUACAAAUACUAAUAGAUUUAAGCAAGGAAAGGCAAAAGUGCUCUAACAAAGACUUACUUUUGUUAGAAGAAGAUGAUCCUAUUAUGUUAAACAAAAUUGACCAAAAGUAUGGCAUCAUACUCCAGCUGUUAUCAGAAAUAUCUACACAAGCAAAAGUAAUAAGUGGUCUUAAAGAUAAUAGUGCGACAGUACUAAAGUUCAUAGAGUAUUUCCUAUUAGAAGAGUAUGGAUCAAAUGAAGAAUGUGGUACUAUAGCUCUGGUACUCUUAAACACAAUUCUAUCAAACUCUAAAAGAAAUAAGGACUUGGAAGAAAAAUUAUCGAAUCUUACUCCUGUGUUGGAGAAAAUUUCGAAAAAUGAAAGCAGUCUGAACUAUAUAUUGUCUAAGGAAGCACUAUCUCUUUUCACUCCUGGGGCUCAUCAAAAGACAGAGACAGCAUGUGAGAAGGCUCUGGCGGAUGUUUUUGACAAUUUGUUGCCUGUUAGAGCACAUGGCUUAAUUCAACUAACAAAACUGAUUGAUGCCUCAGAUCCUGAGACAAUUUCUAAGAAACAUUACAUCUUAUGUAUUUUUCAGGAGCAACUGAAAGACCCUGAUUCUUACUUAUACCUAUCGGCAAUAAACGGACUAGCAUCCCUUUGUGCUCAUUGCACAGAAGAUGUACUACAUGUUUUAUGUAAUGAAUUCCUUCAAUCUACUAGACAAAAUAAUGUUGUAACCAAAGAAGAUCAGAACAAAAUUGCAGAAUUGAGAAUGAAAAUAGGUGACAUAAUAGUGAAGGUUACAAAGAAAUUGGGUGAAAUGGCUAUAGUCCAUAAGACCAUACUGUUGAAUACGAUGCUUUGCGCGUGUAGGGAUGAAGACCCGCUGAUCAGGACAUCGGCCUUGUCCAACCUGGCUGAAAUUGCUUUAGUCUUGCAUUACAAAAUAGGAUCAAUCAUUUAUGAGAUGUUACUUUGUAUUUGGAGUAUAAUAGAAACUGACAAAGCAGUAGAGUGCCGACGAGCAGCCGUUAUGAUAAUAACUAGUUUAAUCAAAGGUUUAGGAAAAGAAACUUUAAUUGAACUGAAAGAAAGUCUAUUACCAAUAUACAGAACUUUAAAGAGUUUGUAUAGAGACGAGAAUGAAGAUUCGGUAGUGAGACUUCACGCUCAGUUAGCGCUGGAAGAGUUAAAUGACGUAGUAAAACAAUUUAUGUUCCCCGAGUUAAGUAUGGAGAAACAAAUAUUUGUACUAGACAAGCCAGUGGAUGUGUGCAAAUAAACUGCAGGGUUCCACUAAGCCUGUAUGAGACUUCGUCGGGUGCAAUAUGUCGUCAGGGCUUGUUUUGGGCAAGUUAAUUCCAGCCCGAACAGUCAGCGUUUCUGGCUUAUACGUGCAAAGUACUAGGAAACUGUAAACAAAAGUUUAUAAGCUAUAUUUUAUAGUAACCAUGUCUGUAUAAAACAGAAACUAUCCGCUUAAUAUGGUAGUAGUGUAACAUUAAUACCUCAGUAACGCUGUAUCUACAUAAUUAAAAUUUAUCAGUCCUAUUUAUUUAUUUCAUUUUUUGUUAUAUAAAAGAGUUUGUUUAUUAUUAUUUUUUUAGAAUAACUGUUUUAUUUGUCUGUAUUUUACAGUAUCGGCUACUCAUAAGUUUUUGACUCUCAUUAUAGGUAUCCCAAGAUACAGGCAUAGCCUAGAUUGGGGACCCCUGACAAUUAUUGAAAUGCUUAAACUCAGAUAUGCCAAUUAUUGUUUAUGUACUUCUUAAUGUUAUUAUUUCUGUGUUCUUUUUGUUGCAAUAAAGUUAAGUUAUUA